GUGGCCUAGGACGCGCGCGGGAGGGUGUUUCCUGAGGUUCCGUGAACUCACAAUCACUACGGCAGAAUAAAACGCGGGCAAAAUAAACGUCUUUAUCUCUUCCCUGAUACUUCAAAUUAUUAUUUCUAUAGUUUGUAUUUGUACGGUUCGGUUGGGGAAGUGGUGAAAUAAUGUUUUAAAAGAGGAUUUGAGCCCCACGUGUGAGCCGGUGACAAUAGCUCGCGCCAUUUACACGUGUACGAGCGUUUGAGAGGAAAGAAUCAAAGACAGAAAAACAGCGAUGACGUCAGAGAAGCCCCCGUUACCUGCAGACGACCAGCGGGACGAGGCUGAAGUGGGCUUAGAGGUCGAGCAGGAGGUCGUGUUGGAAACGGCCCGAGAUGGCUGGGACAAUAAGGUGGAAUAUUUCCUGGCUCAGGUCGGAUUCAGUGUGGGAUUGGGAAACGUAUGGAGGUUCCCAUACCUCUGCCAUCAGAACGGAGGAGGAGCGUUCAUCUUGCUGUAUGUGGUGUUGAUGGUGCUGGUUGGAGUGCCGUUGUUUUUCCUGGAGUUGGCGGCAGGUCAGAGCAUCAGACAGGGCAGCAUCGGCGUCUGGAGACACAUUUCUCCAAAACUGGUUGGCAUUGGCUACUCCAGCUGUGUGGUGUGUUUCUUUGUAGCUCUGUAUUAUAAUGUCAUCAUCGGUUGGAGUAUUUUUUACUUGGGAAACUCUUUCCGGUAUUCUCUCCCAUGGGAAGACUGUCCAACAGAAGGCAACAGCACUGUGAAGGUGAAGGAAUGUGACGCCAGCUCUCCCACAGCGUAUUUCUGGUACCGUAAAGCUCUGGACAUCACCGACUCCAUUGAUGAAACGGGAGAGUUCAACCCCAUCAUCACUGGAUGUCUGCUGGCCGCUUGGGUCAUCGUUUGUCUGGCCAUGUACAAGGGCAUCAAAUCUACCGGCAAGGUGAUGUAUUUCUCCUCCGUGUUCCCGUACGUGGUGCUGCUGUGUUUCCUGAUCAGAGGCGUGACGCUGGAUGGAGCAUCUGAGGGCAUCAAAUUCAUGUUUUACCCCAGACUGGAGAUCUGGGCUGACGUUCAGGUGUGGCGUCAGGCGGCGACUCAGGUCUUCUUCGCUCUGGGUUUGGGUUUCGGUUCUGUGAUCGCGUACUCAUCCUACAACCCGCGGAACAACAACUGCCACCGUGACGCGUUCACCGUGUCCGGCGUCAACUUCAUGACGUCUGUGCUGGCCACACUGGUGGUGUUUGCUGUGCUGGGCUUCAGAGCCAAAACCAUCGCCACCGAGUGUGUCAAACGUAAUCUGGACGCGAUAUCCAACACUUCUCUUCCUGACCUCUUCAUCAAUGCUUCAGAUGUGAAGAGCAUCACAUUGAAUGGUUAUGAAAAGUGGUACAGGUCUCAUGGCCAGCAUCUGAAGAUCCCUGAUUACAACAUCACCGCCUGCAGCCUGGAGGAUGAAUUGAAACAGGGUGUUGAGGGAACAGGUUUAGCGUUCAUAGCGUUCACGGAAGCCAUGACGUUGUUUCCCGGGAGUCCGUUCUGGUCUGUGCUGUUCUUCCUCAUGCUGCUCAAUCUGGGUUUGUCCACCAUGUUCGGCACCAUGGCCGGAAUACUGACACCACUAACAGACACCUUUAAGACACUACGCAAUCACAAACUCCUCUUCACAGUGUGCAGCUGUGUGGUGGGUUUUCUGAUCGGUCUAAUGUUCACUCAGCGCUGUGGAAACUACUUCGUGACGAUGUUUGAUGAUUAUUCCGCCACACUUCCCCUCAUCAUCGUUGUCAUCUUUCAGACCAUCAGCGUCGCCUGGGUUUAUGGAGCGGACAGGUUUUUAGAGGACCUGAAACAGAUGUUGAAUCGGCCGGUUCCAGUGGUGUACAAGUACCUGUGGAAGUACGUGUGUCCAAUUGCUAUGCUGGGGCUCUUGGGUGCCAGUCUGCUAAAGAUGGUCUUGGAGCGCCCUACAUACACCGCCUGGAAUAGAGAAAAGGCGUCUAAAGAAGUUCUCCCUUAUCCUGGUUGGGCUCUUGCUGUCCUGAUCACACUCAUCGUUGUUGCGUUCCUUCCUGUUCCGAUCGGAUAUCUGCAUUCCCUCCUCCUCGAGCGGCUCGACAAGGCGCCCACAGACACUGAGGCGAGAUACGAGCCGUGUGCCACUACAGAAACGGACCUGACCCCUCUCGACACUUUUCACCCCCUGCUCGAGGGAAACCAUGAUUUACAUUUGCAAAACGGCCACAUUGAAUGUCACGAGUCUAGCGUAUUAUGAGAAAACAGGAGGGAAGAAAUUGACAUCUGUGAUGGAUCUAUUUCAAUCAAGAUCAUUUUAUUGUAGUCCUUUGCUGUUGGCAACAAUCAUUAUGUGUACAUGCAUACAGAUGGGCACAAAAAUAACUGACUUUAAAGGGUUAGUUCACCCCAAAAAGAUGAUUCAGUCAUCUUCUUAUUUCGUUCAGAUCAUAAUAUAUCGUCUUCUCGCCAGUUGAUGCGAGUUGCUCUUUUCUGUAAAACAGUAAUUGACAUCUUUUGAGCUCCAAAACAGAUUGUGCGUUAUAUUCAAAGUCUACUGAAGCCAUACAGUGAUUACUGUAUGUGAAGAUCUUGCCUUCCACCUUUUUACUUCCUGGUUUAAACGUUGAAAACUUUGUUUAUAUGCACCUGGAAUAACGACUUUGAUGACAGUUUUCUUGUUUGGAGUGAACUGUUGCUUUAAGUAGACGUAUAAUGAUGGUACUGCUGAGCCGCACAUGCGUUUGCUGGGUCCAGGUGAACGCUCAGUGUGUAACACUAUAGUUACAACGGUCCAAUCAUUUGGUUACUAAUGGUCCUGCUGGUUUAGUAAUGUGAUGAUUUUUGCAUAAAGGUGUUUUAUGAUGGCUGUGAGCCAUCGGUGUUAUUUAAACUAUGUGGUACUAACGGAGCAGCCAGUGUUUCGUCUCUGUUGAUGAAUGAGUCACGGAAGUGAGAUAAAUAGUUCAAAACAGGAAUAUAAUCAUUGCCAAAAAUUCCAAAAUGAUGUUUAAAUAUUCCAGAGGUGCUUGGUGCAUCUACACUUUGUUGUCAUUAAUUUAAAACAAUGGUAAAUCAAGAGGACAGCCAGGGUCAAAGGUCAUCAUCAACCAUGAAGGUUAUUAAUAACCACAGCAUCAAUGUUAACAUUGAUCCACGCUGAUAUGUUCUGUGUUCGGUGUCAUUAUUUAAGUGGGUCUGUAAAAAGCUUUAAAAUCUUUAAAAAGCUGCAUUGUGUGUUCAAAAGAGCUUUUGAACCAUUGAAACUACACAAUCAGUUUUGGGUGAAUCUCAAGAACAACACUUCAGAAAUGUCUGGGUCAUAUUUCGUCUUAAUGGUCUUAAAAAUAGACUUAAUUAUUUAUGCAAAAUAUGACACAGACAUGUCUUUAUGAGGGUAAAACAACUAUUUGAUCUUUUUUUUUUUUUUUUUUUUUUUUUAUUUAUUUAAAUUUGUGUGUGUUGUGUAACAAUCUAGGCUCUUUUUUGAGCACAAACUACAGCCGUAGUAAAAGUUUAUGUAUUUCCUCUUGUAGUUUGCAUGUGACACAAAUGCAAUUCUGGUUUAUUAUGAAGUAUUUACAUGCAACAAAAUUUUCAGAACAAUUUUAGUUUUUUACAUUGUACAGAAAUGUUUUUGUUGUCUGUUUUUACCUGUAAGAUGUUUUUAUGCCCCUCUUUUUAUUUUUCCAAAAACUCUCUCAGACAUGUUUCUGAAAGCGAACAUCUGACCCGUAGGCCAGACAUUUUAUGGCUUGUAGUCAUUGAAGUAAUGUUAUCUUUGCCUCUCACAGGGGUUUGAUGGGUCUUCUGUGUUUGUUCAGUAGCUUGAACGCUCUGUUUGUUUGUAGUUUGUUCUGGUCAGCAAUAAUAAAUAUGAUGAAAUGAUAAUUUAACUAUUCAUUGUCUACAAUACUUGACAAAUCUGUUUUAGAAGGGUAUUUUUUUUUGUCUUUGAUGUAAAUAUCCCCUGCUACAGUAUAUUUUCUUUUGCUUUGUCAAAGUCAGAAACAAUUUGCAUGAUGAUCUUGUUACUGUAUAAAUGGUUAUUUGACCUCA